AUGGCGUUGAAAUCCAUGGGUUUAACUGUGUUGUCUGUUUUUGCUUUGCUUUAUGCUCAAACCAUUAAUGGUUUCACGGUUGAACUCAUCCACCCUAACUCUCUUUCAAACCCUAAUCGCAACCCUUCCAACAGUCAGUUCCAUUGGAUCCGGCAGGCGUAUAACCACACUCGAUCACGCGCCGCCUCUAUCCAAAGUAGCCUCGGCGGCGGCGGUUCAGCCAAAUUCAAGACCGAUAUAGAGUCGUAUGGGGGAGGAUACGCGAUGAAGUACUCCCUAGGUACGCCGCCGUUUGAAAUCUACGGCAUCGCCGAUACCGGCAGUGACGUCACCUGGACUCAGUGCGAACCAUGCAUUAAUUGCUUCUCGCAAAGCUUGCCGUUGUUUGACCCGAAGCACAGCAAAUCGUACAAGACGGUCUCGUGCGACUCAGAUGCUUGUACUCUUGUCAAGUCCAACGGCGGCCCCGGCGCCGGCGAAUGUUCCGGCGAAAACGUUUGCCAGUACCAGUUAACCUACGGCGACAAUACCCAAAGCAUCGGCGACGUGGCGACCGAUACUCUCACCAUCGGCGGUGCCUCGUUUAAGAACGUGGUGUUCGGGUGCGGCCACAAAAAUAGAGCGACUUCCUACGGCAACGCCACCCACAACGCCACCGGCGUUGUCGGUCUCGGAUACUCCAACGGCUCGAUCGUCACACAAUUGGAUAAAGAUUUCGGUGGAAAAUUCGCGUACUGUCUGUCUUCCCAGCCUGAUUCCAAAAGCCAUAUAAGUUUCGGCAAAGACGCCAUUGUUAAUGGUACCGGUGCCGUUUCAACUCCCUUCGACGCAGGCCCUUACAAUUCUACACUUUACUAUCUCUCCUUAGAAAGCAUCAGCAUCGGCAACCAAAGCAUCCCAUUUAAGAAAUCUGUCUCUUCUAACGUUGGUGGUCGGCGCGCCGGCAUUAAGAAGACCUCGGCCAAUGGCAACAUUGUCAUUGACUCAGGAACCGGAGUAACAAUCAUCCCACCCAAUGAAUUUGAUAAUUUGAAAUCGGAGUUGACGAAACAGAUCCCGGCGACUCCGAUAGACGAUCCUCAAGGCCAAUACAGUCUAUGCUACUCGACAAUUGACAAAAUUGAGGUGCCAAAAAUAGUUGCACAUUUUUCUGGCGCUGAUGUAGAGUUGUCGCCUAGAGGAUCAUAUAUUGAAGUAGAAGAAGGUAUAUCUUGUUUCACUAUAAUUCCAGAUAUAGGUUUUGAAACCUUCAUCUUUGGCAGUCUGUCCGUGGUAGAUUACCUUAUUGGAUAUGAUUUAGAGGCACAGACUGUCACCUUCAAGUCUACUGAUUGCUCCAAAUAUUAA